CGAAGACUAGUCGCGGCGAUGCGAUUGUCAUGAAUACGGGUGUAAACAACAUGGCAGGCACCGGAGAAAACUCGACAAAAUCGAAGAACAAAAUCAGUUUAUCGAAUUCGUUAACCAAAUAUCUCCACGAUACUGUUUUACCGAGGAGACGGGAAAUACAAGAGGUUCAUAGAGCACUCAUCAGACGAAUCAUUGGGCCAAUUUUGAGGAAGAUUAGUGAGCUAGACGACCGCUUCCAAAGUGAAUGCGAGGGACUAUUGAAUGAAACCUGUGAAAGCUUUGUGGGUGUGAACCAUUGUCAAUAUUACAAAGUUGACAUCGCCGUGGUUUUGUCGAAUCUCCUCUCUCCAAAAUGCCUAGAAAAAUCCUCCCAAGAACCUCUUUUGCAAGGACAACAACCUGCCGCUUUUCUAGACAGUGCUGCGUGUGAUAACCCAUACAUUUCACCACUUUCCGGCUUUGGAUACGUUCUUGCCGACACUGAAAAAUUGCUCCUCCAUGAUUUGCUGAGUAUCAAGCAAGAUGAGGUGUCAUCGGCCCAACAUGAUGAUGUCAGUUUUUCAAAUAGAUCCUUUCUUUCUCCUGGGAAGGUUGUGAAGCGGUUUGCCAACCUUGUCGAGGAAAGUGUGGAGAUUUUGCUGGAGGAAUGUAUCUGGGAAGAGGAACCAACGGUCUAUGAAAUUUCUGUGAAAAGAGAAGGUCAUUUAGUGAGGCUACAUGUAAUACUGAGAGGCGAGGAAUAUACAAUAGAACUGAUCCCUGCAUUGGAACUCACUGGCUGGUGGCCAAAGAGUCUACAGAACUGGGGACCUGAGUGUGCUGCAAGGCCCAACCAAUGGCUGGACUACGCUCGCAUGUCAAAGGUCAAGAAUAAAUUCCAUGUGUUCCCCGCCCGGCCCCCACCAGGCCACGAUGCCUUCCGACUCUGGUGCACCUACUUCAGCUUGAGUGAGAAGGUGUUGGCUCAGACCGUGAUCGAGGACGAUGUCCCUGAGGUGUCGUGCCGUGCCCCUAUCUUGCUGACGAUGCUGUCGCUCUGCGAGGAGAACUCCGAAGAGUUCUACCCCGUUACGCCGAGGAUCAUAACAACCGCAUUUCUCCAUCAGUGCACGCAGUAUCCCCUUCAAGAUGACUGGACACCUAAUAAGCUUGGAAGAGCUUUUGUGGACCUUUUCUUAUCUCUCAUAGACAUGUUGAAGUCAGGAAUGUGUAAUCACUACUUUCUCCCAUCCUAUAACAUCUUGGACAACUCAGAAGACCUGAAGCCUGUAGCGCACCAUCUCAAAGCCAUUCUCAAUGACAUUGUAGAGAACCCAAACAAGACACAAUUUUUGCAUCUUAAUCAUAAGUCAAAAAGCAGAGCUGGUAACACUGGAAGUCGGUAGGAUAGGACAGAUCAUGGAUGUAAAGUGUACACGUACAGUAUAGGCUAAGUCCACCCAAUAUCUAGUUGAUUUUAUUGUUUUUGAAAGAGCAAUGGUGAAAAUUUCAUCAAAAUCAAAAGAAAUAUAUUGACUGGCAGUGGUUUUCCAAAGAAGCCCUUCUGCUUCCCAAAAUGCUUUCUGGGCAGAUGUCAUCCCCAUUUCAUAUACAAUAAGUGGUUCCUUUAUUUCAUGAUCAGACAAAGAAUAAGGAAGGGCAGUUAUAUCAGGUGUAUUCAGACCGACUCAUAUUCCAAAAAUACCAGGUAUUCUCUGAUUGGGAAAUUUACCCUGAUCUACCCCCAUUAGAAAAUACCCGGUAAAUAGUAGGUACUUCUCAAAAUUAUGAGAACUUUUGCAGGGACUUUUCCAACGUCGCAGGAAUUUCUCAACUGAAGGCGUGGUUAGGCGAGGGCACUGUGAGCUGCUCUGAUAAUCCAGAGGCCAGGGUGCUAUUUCAUAAAACUGUUUAUAAUUUCAUAAAGACUUCUCAUUUCCUUUGCUGCACUAAGCUAAAAAAUGUGUGCGAGCCUUUUAUCAAUUUUUCAUUCAUGUUUAUUGGCUGAAAGAAAGAAUAGAUUUCAUUGCCAAUCCGGGAGUAAAAAGGUCAGGAUAAUCUCAAUUUUUUUUCCAAUAAUGCUUGUAACUAUUUAUGUGUAUUUUGUUAAAUGUUAGGUAUGCCACUUCAAAGAAAUAUACAUGUCUUUUGAAAGUUUAGUUGUGCAAUAUAUGAAAAUAAAUUAUUACAGGUAGUAGAUGUGUUAAAAAUGUUUCAAAAUGGAAAGAGAUUGUGGUCUUUUUCUUUUAGAUCAUAAAUAUAAUGUGUCACUAAUAUAUUAGUAUCAUGGGCUGUGAAAAUGUAUAUAUUUUAUGUGGUAGUACAAAUGAAAGUUUGUGAUUUUGUACAUGUGUAGGGAUUUUCAAUCGCGAGUAUUAGAAUUAGAAAAUCAAUUUACAUUAAUAGAUAUAAAUAUUUUGAAAGAAAAAAAUCCAUAAUUUAAGACUUUGACAACUCUGUGAAUACCAUCUGACAGUAAUGCUAUCAUCAUCACUAACACAUAACUUCCCAUUUUUUUUUAAGCUCAAGCCAAAUUACUGUCUUUAGUACAUUUUGUUAAAGGUCAAGUCCACCCGAAAAAAAUGUUGAUUUGAAUAUAGAAAAAUCAAACUAGCAUAACGCUGAAAUUUUCAUCAAAAUCGGAUGUAAUGUAAAAGAAGAAAGUUAUGACAUUUUGAAGUUUUGCUAUUUUUCACAAAACAGUGAUAUGCACAGUUCAGUGACAUGCGAAUGAGACAGUCAAUGAUGUCCUUCACUCACUAUUUCUUUUGUUUUUAUUGUUUGAAUUAUUCAAUAUUUCAUUUUUUACAUAUUUGACAAGGACCAACUUGGCUGAACCAUAUACUCAUUAAACAAUGCUCAUUCCCCAUGUUGAGGAGGAAUUAAUAGUUGUUUCACUUGACAAUGAGAAAAUUAGAAUAUUUCAUAUAAUAAAAUACAAAAUAAUUAGUGAGUGGAUGACGUCAUCAGUCUCCUCAUUUGCAUACCGACCAAGAUGUGCAUAUAACUGUUUUGUGAAAUUAAGCAAAACCUUAAAAUGCCAUAACUUUCUUAUUUUACAUCCGAUUUUGGUCAAAUUUUCAGUGUUUUGCUCAAGUUAGAUUUUUCUCUAUUCAUUCAAAUCAACUUUUUGUUGGGGUGGACUUGUCCUUUAAGAAUCCUAUUGAAUUCAUGUUGUAUGCAUCUUUAGAACCUCAUAUUAUAGAACUGUAAGCUGGUUAUUUUAUAACAAUUGGCGUUAUUACACUUGUAUGUACAUGUAUAUUGUAACAACAUGAUACAUUGCAUACAUGUAGGUCGAGUAUGGAUCUGGGCGAAUGUGAGGCUGGAUUAUACUUGGCAAACAUGGAGGUAUAGAUACGUUCCUUGAGCAAGGUUAUAUGGCUUAUGGUAGCAUUUCAUGAAGCAUCUUAUCGGUGACUCUGUCAUAAGCUACUAAAAUCCUUGAAUCUGAUUGGCUGAAAAUGAAUUUGUAAGGGGAAUCACUGAUAAGGUGUUUUAUGAAAUAAACCCAGGUGGUAAUUGGUAAUAUUGAAAGUAGAUAAAUUUCAAAUUGCUAAUUUGUUACAUAAACAUAACAUUGAAAUCUAUUUUCUUUUGUAUUGAUUUUUUAUUAUGUUGCAUCAUGUAUAAUACAUCUUAUAAUAUAGUUUUAUGACACAAUAUGUACAAAUCCUUGAUUCUUAUUUCAAAUGCAUUCAUGUCUACAGGUUUGUAAAGACCCCAACAAUAAAUGGUGAUCUUCACACAAAAACGGACUGCAAUUUAUGCCCUGUGGUGUUUGUCAAACAUUUUGUAUCAGUAAACUUAAA